GUGCCCGCUGCAGUCACAACAAUUUUUUUUAAAAGUCGGAAAAAUGGAGAUAACCAGGAUGAACUUCAGCGAACAAUUAGAAAACAUAACCAAAAACUUGAAACGAUCAUGUUUUGUUGCAUUUGAUGCCGAAUUCACCGCUAUAUUAACAGAAUACUGCUUUAAACAUAGGUUAUUUGACACAAACAAAGAAAGAUAUGAUUUAAUAAAGAAUGAAGUGAGCAAAAUGAUAAUGACUCAAGUUGGUCUCACCAUGUUUCAAUAUAAUCGUGAAGAUGACGGUUAUGCUGCAGUGGGAUACACUUUCCACCUGUGUCCGCAAGCUGUUGCUGAUAUUGAUCAGUCUUUUAUAUUCCAAGCAUCUACUCUACAGUUUCUAUGCACACACAAUUUUAAUUUUAAAAAGUUUAUUUAUGAUGGCCUCCCCUUCCUAAGUAAAGCAGAAGAAGCGCAUAUAAAACAGCAACUGAAAGACGAAACUCUACUUGAUAAUCUAGUACAUGGUUUCACUAUACAAGAUGAGAAAGAGUUACAAAAAUACUGCUCCGAGGUUUCAAUGUGGCUGAUAGACAAUGAAGAGGAAACAGUUUAUUUAGACGUUAAGUGUCCAAUAAUGCGCUACGUUGUUCACAACGAGAUAAGACACAGGUUCCCAAAUGUGCUUACCACUGAUAGCUUAGGUAAUAGCCAUAAGGUUCUGAUAUACAGAGAUAAAAAUGUGGAAGGAGCAAACAGUGCACCGAUGGCUAUAUUAGAAGAAAAUUUAAUGAACCAUUUAUUGGGUUUUUCACAAAUCAUCAAUUUGCUUGCAUCACAUCAGAAACCUAUUAUCGGCCAUAAUGUCUUCUUGGAUCUAAUUCUUUUACACAAUCAGUUUAUUGGUCCCCUGCCAAAUAAAUAUUGCAUGUUUAAGAAGAAUAUUAACAGUUUAUUUCCUAUUAUAUUCGACACAAAGUACAUUUCUCAUGAAAUGAGGAAGAAUUUGUCCUUCGAUGAAUCGUGGAAAUCAAAUGCUCUACAAGAUUUAUAUGAAUUUUUCUCCGAGGGCAAAUGUAAGAAGUUGGAAAAAGGUGUUAAUUCUAUCAAGAUGAGCCCAUCGUUUGACAUCAAACAAUCUUACCACGAAGCUGGGUGGGAUUCAUAUUGUUCGGGGUACUGUUUUAUCCGGAUGGGACAUUGGGCGGCGUGCGAAAACCGAGGGAGAUACAAACUUGUAGGGCCCAGUGAGAAACUUGGAGCCUUGGCACCUUACUGCAACAAAGUUAACGUUAUAAGAGGGGCUGUUCCUUUUGUGAAUCUCGUGGACGUCGACCCGCCGAGACACCGUCCCGAAUUGCUUCACAUAAAAUCUAUGAGGGAACGAAUAAUUAACGUUGGGAAGGUGACUUCAGUGCUCGCGGGAUUUGGUUCAAUAGACGUCAAGCCUUACGGGAAAAAAACCGCGCUAAUAGCAACCAGCUCGCAAAACACGGCUGAUAAGAUAUUGAAGCAAUUCAAGAACGACAGGGAGUACCUGAUAGUUCCAUAUAACGCUAUCAGACAUUCUCCUGCUAGCCAGAUGGCAGCCUGGGGCGGUGCCUUCUUAACCGGCGGCUUACUACUGUAUUUAUUACAUAAAAGAGUAAACAAAUAACGAAACCUCAGCGGAAAUAGUAACGGAUGGGUGGGAUACAAAGAAACUUUAAUAAUAAGACACUAGAUAUGCAAUUUAGCAAUUUAAGCAUAUCGUCGGUAACAGUUGUCAGCGAACAACUGCUCCCAGCGACACUACGAGUAAGCAAACGCGGGAGUCAUACAUUUCUGUUUCACUUAGACGUAAACUUUGAGUGCUUUGAGUCUUGUUCUCGGCGACAAGGGACACUUUUAGUGUUUUUAUUAUUAAAUCUGGUAGAAUAGUGUCACCCUAUGAAAAUUAUUAAUAACUACGGUCGCAUCCUGAAUAAGCACGGGUAUAAAUUAGAUAAAAAAAGUGAAGUUACUGGCUUUGAUUAGAAGAAUUUCCUUAAUAAACAAUGCUUGCAACUGCCUUUUCGUUACACAAUACGAACAAAUUCUGUUUGGAAGCGACGCGCGAAAGGCCUACGCUAUGGCUAGGGUCCAUGAGAAAAUCACUCGGCUUCGCAAAUAAUUAUUAAAAUUACAAUGAAAUAUAUAGAUACUGUGAAUCAAUCUGUGAAAUAUUUAGUGGAUUAUGGAAGAAGUACAAUUUUCUAGUUAAAUAUUUUUAAGAAACUACCUCUUUAGUUUAAUCGACACAAGCCAUGUACAUUUAUUUUUCGGCGAGUUUAUUGCAAUAUAUGUUUAUUUUUUCUAAUUACAAAAUUUUUUUUUAAGCUUUAUUACUUGUAUUAAUAAGAAUCUGUAAAAAAAUAUCUAUACGAUGGUGAAAACCGUAUCAGAAUCCAUAGUGUGGAGUUAGCGGAUAAACAGACAGUGAGCUAGUUUGUUUUAUACUAAAAUUAUAAAAAAACAAAAUUCAUUUAUUUCAAUUAGGCCUAGUUUAUAAGCACU